AUGUCAAUCAAUGUCAAGUUUGAUGUAUAUUUAAAAAUGUGUUUUUACUCUUCAUUUGUGAUUUGAUAAAUAUUUCGAAUGAAAGAAAUAUCAAAACCAAAUUAUGGCUGUAAUAUUGAAGUAUUUAAUUGCCGGCUUAGUGAGAUAUUGGUUAAUUCACAUAGAUUAUUGGCAAACUAUAGCGAAUAGGGUUGAAAUAGCAACGCCUCUGAACUCCUGGAAAAGGUUAAUUGAGGGCGUCUAUUUGUAUGGUCACAAUAUAAACCCAUAUGAAGGCGAUUCUUUUCACGAAUCUCCUAUUAUGCUUGUUCUCUUUUACUACUUGAUGAAAAGAAUACCAUUUAUUCUGCCAGCACUUUUUACUGUACUGGAUCUGCUUACAGCCUACUUGCUGUACCGUACUUCUAAAGCAUUUAUAAAUAUGUUUAAAGACUCUCAAGAUAAGAAAUUGGAAGAAGUAUCUGAAGAAUCGAAAAAUAUGCUUUUGAAUGAUUCUCAAUUGAAAGAAGCUUCAGAAUAUGUCUUAUCAGUGUAUUUAUUUAAUCCAUACUCAGUGUUGAACUGUGUUGCAAUGACUACAACAGUGAUACAAAAUUUAUUAGUAGCGGCUUCGUUGUGGGGAGCGUCCACUGGCCACAGAAUACUGGCUUGUGUGUUUGUUGCUUUUGCAACACACCAAGCUUUAUACCCUGUACUGUUAAUUGUACCCAUUGCAAUUUUGUUGGCCGAGGUCAACAAAGGCUGCCACAAAUGUUCCUACAUCAAAACCUUAUUAGUAUUUGUGCUUUGCUGGGGUUUCCUGAUAUAUAUUUCUGCAUAUAUUAUGGAUGGAUCUUAUGAAUAUGUAUAUGAUACUUAUGGAUUCAUAUUGACUGUGCCUGAUUUGAAGCCCAAUAUUGGUCUGUUCUGGUAUUUCUUCACAGAGAUGUUUGAGCAUUUCAGACUGCUGUUUGUGUGUGCUUUCCAAAUCAAUGCACUUGCCCUAUAUGUGAUUCCUUUAACAUUGAGAUUUAAAAAGGAGCCAGUACUUUUAGCAACUGUACUUGUAGCAUUGUCUACUAUAUUCAGAUCUUACCCAUGUAUUGGUGAUGUUGGAUUUUAUAUGGCACUCUUACCUAUGUGGAAACACCUAUUCACAUUUAUGCAGCAAAAAUUCAUAGUGGGUUGUGCCUUUAUCAUCACAUCAGCGUUGGGACCAACAGUGUGGCACCUCUGGAUAUAUUCGGGCUCGGCAAAUGCCAACUUCUUUUUUGGAGUAACACUGUCAUUUGCUACAGCACAGAUAUUUCUUAUUACUGAUUUACUUUUUGCAUAUAUUAAGAGAGAGUUCACAUUAAAGCACGGUACUUCACGCCAAGUGGAUGGUAAACCUGCCAAACUAGUCCUACGAUAAUGACAUUUUGUGAUUUAUUUAUAAUUAGUUUAAAACCAAAAUGGGAUUUUAUUUAAUUUAUAUAUGUAAUUGUACAAGUGUUACGUAAGGGCCAGUAUUGACUUGUAUGCAAUUCGUUUCUGAAAUAUAUUACAUGUCAAGACUCUUAGGGAAUACUUAACCCAGAUUUCACAUUUGGAAUAAGGUGUUGUGAUCAGUAUAAUAAUACCACAAAGUAUUUAGUAUUGAACAAAAAAUAUAUUAAUUAUGCCGUGUUCUUUUAGUUACAAAGGCAUUUUGUUACCUUAUGCCUUAAUGGAGCUAUUAGAGAAAACAAAUUUCGUAUUAAUUGAAAAUUGUCUUAAUAAAAAUGGAAUAUAUUGUUUAGUUAAUUUUGCCGCCAUGUAUAAUAAUGUACUUUUAAUGUAAUAUACAUUAAAUAAAAAACGCUUAAUGAUAAGCAUUUUUUAUUUAAUGUUGUUUUUUAUUUAUAUUUAAGUCUAAAAUUGCAUUUAAAAUUUAUGAAAUUAUUUUGCACAAGGUUUGAUGGAUAUUAGUGUAACAAAAUUAAAUUAUUAAUGAUAUCUAAUGUAUGAUUGAGUUUAUUUAAUGUGAAUGUGUAUUAUGUAUAUUUAACAUAUAAAUAACCUACAUUUUAGUUUGCAGAUAUAUUGUAUUAAGUUGGUUGAAUGAGGCAAGUUGAUGGUUCACCUGUUAGAUAGUGAUACUAAUUGACAAUCAUCUGUGGUUAUGGACAUCAAAUAAUACCGCCAUUAACACUCCCUCCGCCCUAGGAUCAGUAUAAACCAAACAUACCUACUGAUCAUAACGUAACAUUUUUUUUUAAUGGGUGAUAAUGCAGUGGUAACCCCGCCUGCGCUAACGGUAUACGCUGGAACAUUAUUGGAUUUGGUGAAAACACACCCUUGUGUAUAUCCGAUCGCACAAACUCGCAACAUAAAAUAUCCUUUGUUAUAUUUUGGUGUCGGAAGUAACCUUUAAGAAAAAAUAUAGUUUUGAAAAUAAACCGUUAUAUGUAGGUUCAAAAACUAAAGCCGCAUUACUGAAAAAUCACGCCCUUAAAAGUAUGAAACAAAAAAUAUUCUCAUCUGAAAUUAUGUGCAUACUUUUUAAAUAUUUAUUAUCUAUUAAAUAAGCAACUUUCACAUGUUUAUUCAUUUAAUGUAUUGAAUACAUAUUUAUAGUGAUGUUCAGACAAUAGACGUGGUCGUAUGCCACCUACGAUAAAAAAAAAUUGCAACAAUAGUAACUGAUUGUAAACUUUAGAGCAAUAUUAACUACCCUAUACGUCCAGAGGGCACCAUAUAUAUGACAAUAAGAAAAAAUUUCAUACUUAUUAUUAUUUUUCGUCGUGUAGUUUUAGUUUUUGAACUUUUUAUUUCAAUUAAUUUGGGGUAAUAAUUUUGUGACAACUUAUUUUCACUUAAAAUUUAGAAAAAAAUAUGUUGGACUCACAUCUGAGGCGUGAUUUCUAUUUAUAUUGAUUAAAAUUAUUUGUUUUCUUCUAAUUAUUCCCAAUUAUCGGGUACAUGCAAGAAUGACCGCGAACAACAGCUAACGUAUAUAUUAUUGAAGUGUGCUAAUUAAGCCCUUUCAUUUGAUACAAACAUCGUAUCAUAAAUUUUUUUUUAGGUAAUGAUUUCUAAGUAGCGCCAUAUUUAAUUAAAAUGUAAAAUAAAAAAUGUGACUUCACAUGCCCUAUAACCAGGAGACGAUCAAAAGGCUUCCAACGAUACCUCAUUUGUUAAAAUAUGAUAAGUAGGUAAUUUAGAAGUUAGAGAAAACAGAUAAACAUACACCCAAAUACGUGCAUACCGGUCAAAAUUAUAACCCUACCUUUUGUUUCUCCGUAAUCGGGCGAUAAAAUAGCAGCUUGUUUGCAUUCUAAAAGUCACUAAAACAAUGAAAACGUAAUAUUUUGUUAAGUGUACCAUGUUUUAGUAUGUUAAUUUUUCUACCAAAUUUAAAAAUAAUUACCUAGAUAUUGUCUCUAUGUAUUCAAUCAAAAAUAGUUUUGUUAUACUAAUUCCUGCUGUCAAUAUAACAUCGCCUAUAUAUCAACAAAACAAACAACUAUGCUAGUAACCAUCUUUGUAAACGAUCAAAUUAUUUUUGUUUUUUACGAUUAAAAUUGUACACGAAUUUAUUUUAUUAAGAUGUGAAGAAUAAAACUCAUGAUGAUGUGAAAUUAAAAAGUCACGAUUUAAGUACUGAUUGUUGUCAAUAAUGAAAUAAAAU